AUGGAGUCAACACCAGAGAACAUGGAUGACCCUUCGAAACGGACAACAGCAGGCGCCGGCCACGUCGCAGAAACCAUCAAGCUCGGCACGCCAAUAUGGGUCGUCAUGGAGCACUUUACAGUUCCUGAUCCUACUGUCUCGUACUUCAGCAAUUUCCGCGGCCUGUUCUGUUCGCUUGAAGCAGCCACGGAGUAUAUGAAAAAGCUCAUAUGCGCGUCUGAAUAUCCAAACGGCUACAAGACGGGGAUGAGAUAUCUGCAGGAAACGGAGCUGGCUGAAGUCUUCGACUCUUCCGCCCUUCCGCUCGGUCUUGGGUACCAAUAUGAGCCAGGGUAUCAGGACAAGACACGUACGCUAUGGCUUCAGCAGGAGCUUUGGGGGACUUGGCAAUCGUACUGA